AUGAUGUUGCAACGAAAAACCGUGACAGAGACACCAACGUUGGCAUCCAGAAUUCAUUUCUCAACUUUUACACUUCUCUCCUUCCAACAUUCUCCUGCUUCUCGAUCUUGUUUCCCUUUUCUUUUAAAUUCCGCAUUAUCUUCACAAUUCUCCCCAAUCGAAUCCCCAUCCGAAAUUCCCAGAUCCGAAAUUCCCAAAAUAAAAAGACCUAAUCUUUGGUGUGUUCGUGGAUCACUGCCGAAAGAUGUGUUGUGGGGGGAGAGUUUGCAUGCUUUGCGUGUGCUUGAUUCUUGUGGUGAUUACCAUCGGGAUGCUCUUCGGGUUCGGAGUGUUCAAGCAUGGGUUCCACAAGAUCAAAGACACUGUCAGUUACUGCGAUUCUUGCGGCGGCUCCGCCGGAAAAAGGCCCUUCCUCGGAUAUGCACCACCGCCAUUGUUCUAGUUCAUCCUUCUCUUGUUCUGUUUCGUUCUUGUUAA